AGACAUUUGUGGGCUUCCAUAUAAACAUGCUCAUCUCUAAAUCAAAAUAUAAACACGUGCAAAGGACCUUCGGAUCAGCUAGUGAUCACACGAAGAAAUGGAUUUGAUUGGUUGAUUUCACCGUGCCCCCAUUAUUUGAUUGGGUUAAAAAAAUCCCCGCCCUAACACAAAGCAAAGUGUGUGCUGUUAAUAUUUUUGUUGAUGUUUUCACGUACAGCAAUGUUUAAGGAUGGCAUCUGGAAGAAAAACUUAGUAAAAUAGCCUUAAUAAGCAAUUCAAGAUGGUUCUCCUAACUGAUUCGAUACCUGUGUGCAGUAACCCAGGUGAGAGAGAUGCUGUGGAGACUCUGCUCUCCAUGAGGAAUGCCAUCUGUCCUAGUAGCAGUGAUGAGAGCUCCACGUUGUCCGAGGAUGAUUCGCGGUACAGUCCCUCCGAAGAGGAUUCGCGGUACAGCCCCUCCCCCACUAGUUCCUUCCACUCGAGUGAUGAGGACUCGGUGUCCGACUCGACAGAGCCGACCAUAUUUAGGAAAAAUUCAAAACUUGCAAGGCUCCUGCUAGAAGAUCCUGCGGAUUUUUCCUUCAGACCAAUGAUGGGAGGCCAGCGAAUGCCAGCUGUCAUGAUGCCUAACUAUCAACUUGCCAAAACAGGUGCUACAUGUAAUCCAUCAAGAAAGCCUGAAAUGUUUAUUGACUCUUCAAAUAUCCCAUAUCCCCCUCCAACAAAACAGAGACAUCAUCUCAAAAGGUCGUCACCUGUGAUAAAGAAACAACCUGAGGCCAAGAAACAGAAAACGUCGGACUCUUUGAUAGGCAUCAAGCCUAUGACAGACCAACAGCCUGAUUCACAGAAAAGUGCCACCAUUACAACAUCAACUAUCGCUACAAUUCAAAACUUGAAUACAACAGCAAGUGCCCCGGUGAUUCAGGUGAUAAUUGUGAAUAACCAAGGACAGUGCUUGGAUAAAGACAAGAAUGACUGGUUGAGUAAGCUUUGUCCCAUUGCACCAGCUCCCCCACCAGAAAAUUCAACUGAAAGCAGCGUACAGGACCAGAAUGUGGGAAACAGGCGCAGAAACCAUAUGUGUACUUACAAUGACUGUGGGAAAACUUAUUUUAAGAGUUCACACCUUAAAGCUCAUCUCAGAACACACACAGGAGAGAAGCCAUUUGUGUGCUCAUGGGAAAAUUGUGACAAAAGAUUCGCCCGGUCAGAUGAACUGUCACGUCACAGAUACACUCAUACUGGAGAGAAAAAAAAGAUGAAGAUGGUCUUGCACGCUCCUGAUAUUGACAAUUCCGGCGAAAGAGAUGCAGUGGAAUCUCUUUUGUCCAUGCGGAACUCAUCGCGUAUGAGCAGCAGAGAUGACGGAUCAAACACGUCCGAGAAUAACAACCUAUACUCCCCCUACUUCUCACGAUUUGCCAGCGAUGAGGAUUCCUCAAUAUUCCCAAAGUAUUCAAGAUUUAAAAGGUCAUCCAAGCUCUCUACGCUUUUGUUUAAGGAUCCAGACGAUUUCGAUAGAGAGAUGGUGCACUGUAAUCAGGUCUCGGUCAUUGUACCAAAUUACCAUCUUGCCAAAACGGGGGCGACUUCCAAUCCCUCGAGAUCCCCGGAAAUGGUUCUCGAUUCUUCAAAUAUCCCAUACCGUCCCCCUCACGCACUAGUAAGGGACACUGUUCCUGGUAAGCGGAAGUUUCCUACAUCAUUCAAUAAUGAGGAAGAAGACCACAUACAGCCAGUUCCGAAAAGGACAAAACAUGAGAGGAUGAACACACCCAUCAAAAGGAAAAUUGAGGACAUUAGGACGACUCCGAAAAACACGAUCACGAAAAAUAUUAAAGAACAUUGCCUUGUCGACAGUGAUAAGGAAAAAACACACCCUCCUCUAAAAAGAAUGGAGGGCGACAGGAUUGAGAAAACUUCAUUGAAGAGAGCGAAGACACUUGAGGAAGUGCUGACACCUGAGGAGAUACCAAAAACUAAAGACGCCGGUACAGCCAUCCCUUGCCACUCAUCAAACGAAAACAACAGGUUUUGUAAGUCGCUCCAACCACCCAUUCUGCCUACACUUCCGGUGAUACAAGUGGUAAUAGUGAACCACAUCGUAAACAACCAAACACCUAACAACAAAAAGUUGUUGCUUGGUAAAUUUUGUCCAAUUGCGCCUGCGCCCAAAAGUAAAAGUGAAAGCGCGACGGCUGAAAGAUAUUCUAAAGGAAGUGGCAGACGACGAAAUCACGUGUGUCACUACAGAGACUGUGGGAAGACAUACAUCAAAAGCUCACAUCUGAAGGCACACUUGCGAACACAUACAGGAGAGAAGCCAUACAUUUGUACAUGGGAAAACUGUGACAAAAGAUUCGCCCGCUCAGACGAACUGUCACGGCACAGAUACACUCAUACUGGAGAGAAAAAGUUUGUCUGCAGUCACUGUGAGAGACGAUUUAUGAGGAGUGAUCACCUCGCUAAACACGUGAAAAGACACCCCCUACUUCCCCCCGUACGAUAGAUAUUGCAGGUUACAUACAAUUUUAUUUCUUGUUAUAGUUGGUGUUCGAUUAUUUAUAUUUUUUCUACUGCUAGAGCAAUGUGUCGUCUUGUAUCAACAGGGUGUGCAGUAACGGUAUUUCAUACGCGUAUAAUCGUGUGUUGUCACGUGAUCAUGUGCCAUCUUCUUUAUCAACAAGGUAUAGGUUUGGAUCAAAGUCGAAAUUUCCAGUAACAUCAUUGGCUUAUGUUUAGGGAACAUGUUUAUAACAAUUCUGUCAUUUUCGGUUAACUUGAAAAUACAUAUAGUUAUUGUGGAUUCUAUUUGACAAAUGUAAAAAUUUUGCCUUUUUACAAAACACGCAAACCAUCCUAUUGCAUUCUUCAUUUGUCAUAAUGGGGAGGCCAUUUUAUGCAACUUGUACUAAAUCAUGUCUUUCUGAAUA